AUGUUCACGCCACCUGUCGACGAGGAUACGACCGCGCAUGCUGGCCGCCGGCUCUGCAGCGUCGCUCCGUCGGCCGCGGGAUCCGCUUCAGGCAGCAAGGUCGCCCAACAUGACCACGACCACGACCAUGACCACGAACAUCACGGGCUGUUCCACUCGCAUAGCCACGACCACGGCCAUUCGGAGGGUGCAGAGCAGAUCAUGGAAGCGCUGCGGAGUGGCAAGCUCGACCGCGGCACGAAGAUUACGCUGCUUGGCUUGGGAAGUAACAUUGCGCUCACGAUCACCAAGGGUGUGGCGGGCCUGCUGAUGAACUCGGCGUCGCUGUUGGCAGAGGCCGGACAUUCGUUGUCCGAUCUACUGGGAGACUUUGUUACGCUUGCCACCUGGAGGAUAUCGAGACGGCCCCCAAGCGACCGCUUCCCAUGGGGAUACUCCAAAUUUGAGACCAUCGGGUCCAUGGCCAUCAGCGUCAUCCUCAUCGGCGGUGCCCUUGGCAUUGGCCUUCACUCGUACCACCUCCUUCUCCAAACCCUCAUCCCUUGGCUCGAGGCCCUGCCGUCUGACCACAUCCUUGCCGGCCUGCAAGCGUGGCUCCCAAGUUCGGUCCCGUCUCCCCUCCUGGAGCUAUUCCACUCGCACGGCGUUUCGGGCCACGAGCAUGUGCAUGCCCUCAGCGGGGACCACCAUGGCCACGACCACGGCGCCGCUGCCGUCCUCAACCCUCAUGCGGCAUGGUUUGCGCUGGCCUCCGUCGGUAUCAAGGAGUGGCUGUAUCAGAUCACCAACAAGGUGGCCAAGGAGGAACACAGCCCGGUGCUCAAGGCCAACGCGCUGCACCACCGCGCCGACGCGCUCACGUCGCUUGUCGCCUUGGGGUCCAUUGUCGGCUCGUCGCUCGGCGGCGUGGCCUGGCUGGACCCUGUGGGAGGCAUCGCCGUGUCCUUCUUCAUCCUGCAGCAGGGACUGAACCUCACCAAGCAGGCGACCAUGGAACUGCUGGACGUCGGCAUCGACGCCAAGACCCAGCGCUCGAUCGAGGAGGUCGCUAGCGCCCUCGUCGACGGCAAGCAGCUCCUGGCGUGCCGCAACGUCCGCGGCGUCAAGUCGGGCGGCCUCAUCCAGCUCGACCUCACCAUUGUCGUGCCCGCCAACAUGUCGGUGCGUGACUCGCACGCCAUUGAGAUCCGCGUGCGCGACGCCAUUACCGCCGCUCGCAAGGAGGCGCGCGAGGUCAAGAUCCACGUCCAUGGCGAAGACUUGCCGUUCGUCCCCGACCAGCCUCUCCAUAGCGACGAGGACAUGUCGCGCACACCGCCCAACAACGGCCCCAACAACGACUUUACUCGACACGGAUGCUAG